AGUGAAUGUUGGAGAUGCUUGGAGUCACUCAGUCGCUCUUGUCUACCCUUGUAAAAUGCCUGGCCCUGGCUACGUAGCUCCAGUAAAAGUUCCAAGGUUCUAACCCAAUUCCAAUGAGGAACUAGGGCCUUGUUGUGUCUUUUUGCUUGUGUUUUUUUUUUCUUCCUUUCUUCAACAGGUACCCAGUCAAGGUCAACAGGACCCAAUCAAUUACAGCCAAACAUUGUCGGCCUCGUCAUUCUUUCGCGAGCGAAUACCUUCACCAGUCAAUCCUUCAUUUUCUUCACCUCGUCACCAUCUUACACCUUCUAUUAACCAUUUUAUCCACGUCAACAUCCAUCAAUUUCUGAAUCUCCUCACGAUGAGCAGAUAUUUUCCGCAUCAAUCGACGCAUCGAUAAUAACGAUUUCGCCUUUCCUCUAGAAGAAAACGAAAUCGAUUGCAUCGUUAAUCCGACCGUGUACCCCUAAAAUCCCAUACCGCAUUUCCUCGCAUCAUGUUUUCGGCUUCGCUUAGGGACGGCGUCGAAAACGCAUCUCCCGCUCCGACGAUUACUCGCGGUAGACGACGUCAACGUCCCUUAAGCUCGGAAAACUCACCGCAGCAACCAAAAGCGAAGCGACAGAGGGUACCAUUGAAUGAGCAGACCUUCGUAAAUCCGACUACCGCACCGGAGACAUACGAAGUCAAGUCCACGAGGACUUCUCUAGUCGAGCUGAAGCAAGAUGGAAUUGAGGAAUCACCCGCAUCGAAGCAGGAGCUGAGUUUUCGAUCAAAGAAAGCUCGACCUAGUGAACGUUUUAGCAAGGGAGAUGGUAGUACACUUCUGUCGACCAACAUCGCGUUCGAUGUCAGAAAACUUCCAGCCCUCCCUGACCGAUUAAAGCUGGACGCCACGAGUCUCCAGCAUGGCUCGGCCGAUAGCUCUACGGGCUAUGCCUUAAGCCUCUCUCACACGCAUGCCAUCGUAUGGCCUUACGCGACGCCUACCCAGUCUCCCGAAUCUUUCACAUUCACGCUACCCUACCCCUCGAAACACUCGACAGACCCCCUACCCCAGGGCGCGCUCGUUCCCCCAUCCGCUUCUUCCUCCGAACCAGGCCUCGUCGUGGUUAUGCCUACUAGUGGCAAGGUUACCUACUGGGAAUCGAUAUCGAGUGCGACAACGCUGGACUUCAUGCAACAACAACGAAAUGGCAUCGAAGGAUCUAUUCAGGGGAUAUUCUCCGGAGAGGCAGUCAUUCAGAUAAUCCACGCCGAAUCGGCAGCUGGCUUUAUUCUUGCCUUCAGCAGUGGGCGCAUGGCUUAUCUGAGUGUACGGGAUGCCCAUGGCCGUCCAAAAGUCUCGACGCUGUUCUUGCGCACCAACCUUGGCCCAGCUAGCAGCGGGUUCUUUGGUAGCAUUCGACAUGCGCUUUCGCACUCCGCUCUCCAAGGCGACAUUGCUGCCGUACGCUCGGAGCGAUCUUCCAAGCAGGGCGAAUGUACCGUCGUCGCUGCUACGUCAAAGGGUCGACUUCACUCGUGGAGGGUCCAUCGUGGAGGCCACCAUGACCUUCUAGCUGAGGUGGAUGCUCGCAGCACCAUCAUCGAGGCCCUCCAGCGGAUAGACAAGACAAACGCUAGGCUUCCUGCCGAAUCGCUGAAGAUCCUUGACUUCUGUUUCGUGCCUCGAGGCCUAGAACGCAAAUACAGCGACAUGAAUCGGCUGCUUGACUCACCGGAGUCCGAGGAUCAGCAACACAUUCUGCUCCUCGCAUCGUUAUCUAGCAAGCAAUCAUGGCGUUAUACGCUUGUUGAAGUUGUAAUAUCUACCAGUCUUUCGCCAGACAACCCGAUAGACAUUGGCAUGGUUAGGCCUAUAUCCGCCUAUUCCACCCCUCCAGAUGCACACGCUCUUGCUAAGCCCCGACUCUAUCUUCCGCGACCGAAUAUUAUCGCCUUCCUUGUAUUUGACCACGCCGCCGUCGUAGCCUCGAUCGCCCUACCACCUUUCUCACCUGAAUCCCAGAUCCUCGAGGAUAACCAUCUCCUACCUGCGUCUUUCGAGGAUGUUGUCGACUUACGUACAGACCCUACACUUGAGAUUGUCGGUUCUGGAAUCGAAGAGCCUAGGUCUUAUGGUUUCGGAGCCGCCGACGGGAGAACGCCCCGCAUUAGGCCUAAGAACCCGGCUGCUGUGUUGAUGGUUCGAGGCGCAGGUACUUUACGUAUUGCUUUGACAGAUGUGGAACGAUUCGCAAGCGAUAAGCCUCCGGAGGUAACUGCUAAGGCGAAGCUGGAGCAAGCCGUGUUCUUCGGAGUAAAGGAAGAUAGUCCUCUCGUGUUUAAUAUACAGCACGGUCUCCGCUUCACGGAUGCAGAAUAUGGCGCCGCCGCUCUAGAGUUGAGCCGAGAAAUCCUCACUUCCGCUGGCAAGCAUUUUUCGUCUUUAGCCGCACGGGUCGACACCAAUAUUAAAGAACGCGUGCAGUAUCUGGAGAAGAUUAUGUCGCAAAUAGCGAGCCUAGGAGUUAAUCUCGACCGUGUUACGAAAUGGCAACUUCUUUGGAAUGCGGAGAAGCUACAUGUUGCUAAUGUCCUCUGGCAUAAGCACGAAGACUUCACAAAUCUCCGACCGACGAGUUCCAAGAAGAGCAUCGUGGCUGAAAUCGUCGAGUACAUCCGAUCCGAAGAGAAAUCGGAACCGAACAUCGCGAAAGGCGAAGUCGAUGAGUUACGCCACUGGUUCAUUCGUGAUGUCGACCGCAUGGAAAUAUUCAUCGCCUGGGCUUACGAAGUUAUAAAACAUAACUCUAAGGCUAAUCUAGACCAAGCAUCGCUAACAUGCCUAAUAUAUGAGGCAGCAGAGAUUUACAAUAGCGCGAUCCGGGGUGCCUUCACAUUCCGCGUGAACAAUCUCGAACUUUACGGUCUGGCUGGCGAAAAGCUAGAGCACGGGAUUCUCGCCAACAAUUAUAAUGGACUCCCAACGCCCUGGACGUGUCAUCCCUUCAUCGCUAACAAUGUGAAGCGACAGGUAGAGCUCUCUACCGAAUGGGUUAAACAGCAUUGGACAUCAGAGUCUGACAGCCAGAACGUGUUAAUCCAAAGGACUCGUGAGCUUCUGCCACAGAUGACUGAAAUCUACCUCACUGUCGUUCAAGAAUUAUCCCGAUCGUACCUUUCUAGCGACGACCCCAAGAAAGCUAUCGAUGGCCAGAAAUAUGAAGCUAUCUAUGAACAGGAUCGUCAUGAUAAAAUUGUUCUUCUUGCCCAGACAGAAAAUUGGGAGGCCGGAAUUAGCAUCGCUGAGAAUCACGAAUCUCUUCCCGCCCUCGCAGAGAUAUUGACCCGCGAAAUUGACGGGUUGCGUCAUCAACUUGAGACCGGCCUUACUCCGGAGCGGGCCGCGAAGAUAGAGUCGAAGAUCACCGCGAAAGAGGAGCGGGUUCAAGAGUACUUUAGGAGUUACGGGAAAGAAUUCGCUUUCCCUUUUUACGAGUAUCUCUUCACUACUUAUGGGGUAGAUGCGCUCCUUGAGUAUGACAGCGACAAGAAGUUCAAGACGAUGUAUCUACGAACGAAACCGGAACUGGCUAAAGUCUCUUGGAUCAACGAUAUUAUCGGUGAAGAGGACAUUGACCAUGCCGCUGACACGCUUCUUGAUCUUGGCUUAGCGCGUGAACAGCAAGUCUGGAACAAAAAGAUCGAGUUGAGUCUUGGUAAGCUAGCCAGGAUGGCUGAGUCGUCUAGACCUUCUAGCAAGGCGUCUAUGAGCAUCCAAGAAGCCAGCGUCAGUGGUACUACCGAGGAUGCACGAGUAGACGCCAUCGACAAGGAACUCACGAUUAUUGGUGUCCAAGACGACCUUUAUAACACCCAAAUCCGUCCAGUGAUCAGUGUGGCACUGGAAGGAGAGGAGUUAAGCUUGGUCCAAGAGACAUUCGCGCUUAAGAUCCCUAAGAAGUAUAAGAUCUUGUCGCAAAUAUUUGAGGAUUCUUUACGACGACUCCUGGAUCAUGAGGCUUUGGACCCACUCACGCUAAUCGACAUCCUCACUUUAAUUACUCUACCACCGGAGACAAGGGAGCACAUGCCUGAUCAGUUCUUCCAAGCUAUUCUUGUAGCCCAUAAUGGCCUAAUCGGCGCGGACCGCGUACAAGCUGAGCGGCUCAUAUGGCGACGGUGUUUCCUAAGAGAAGAUUGGAUGCAAAUCAACAACACUAGCCUCAAGAAUGACAAUGACAUCGUAGAGGUCCUUGGUCAGACUGACCUUUUCCAGUUCUACUGCACGCUCUACGCAAAUCAACAAAACGGUGGCGACAAGACCAAUUAUCGGCGAUUAUCACCGUCGGAAGUUGCCGGGGUAUAUACCGAAACCCUUGACCGACGAUUUGAGAAGAUGGAGAAGAGCUACCGAGAAAAGGUACUUGAAGUGAUGAGAUGGGAAGAUUCGAACCUCCUAAAGCACAUCGAAAAGCAUCGGUUGGAGCAGUGGGCUAAGGAGACGCGGAAGUACGCAGAGGAGGCUGUCGACCAGCAGUACGACGAGUCUACGGCGGCCGGAGCAGCGCUAAGUUCGCCCAAGUCCGGGACCGCGAGGAAGCAAAUCAGGGCGUUUGAGGGCACGAACGGACAAAAUGGUACACAUUAAAUACUUGGCAUCAAAAUUUAAGGUCCUUUCAAGGACGUAAUGCACUGGAGGAGCACUGGAGUUGUGAGGUUCAUUUCUUGUACGAUACUGCAUUUUGCUUUGCCUGCGUUAUAUAAUCGCUGUAAGGCAUUGGGUCAAAGGAAAAAGUUGGUGAGGAUAGGAAGGAUCUCCGCGGAGCCAUUCCCGGCGUAGACCAGAACAGAAUACGAUACUUAAGGCUUUUCUACGGGGCGGAGGCAAGAUUGCUUUGCUACUACUCAAGACUACGCUUUUUAUUAUGUAGCCUCUGCUUGGCUGUGCUACCUUUCUAUGGUGAUGGUAAUGUGGUUAGAAGGUUUAGAAAAUGUCUGAUGUGGCUCGAUAAUAACUGAUGAAUACUAUAGGGGUAUAAAUACAAUAUGCAAUGACGUUUAGAGGCUCUAUAAUGUUCUUUGGUACGACAUGGCAAGUAAUGAACCAGAAUGCGAUUAGGAUCAGUGUCUUCUCAAAGCUUUGACAUG